AUGUUAAAAUACAUUUUGAGUAGGCUUGAAGAUCCAGAGUUCCCAUUGCUGGGACCGAACAUUAACGCUCUCAAGUUUUGGGGAUUAAUAUUGCCCGAAUUGGGGUGGAAAAAGUGGAUUUACAUAGGUUUUCAUAUAUCAGUGGUCGUCUUCACGGCAACAGAAUAUGCUGAAAUCUGGUUUCUUAAAGACGAUAUAAAUCUACUAUUGACAAACUUAAAAAUCACUUUAUUAGCUACGGUCAGUGUCGGUAAAGUUACUAGCUUCUUAAUUUGGCAAAACCAUUGGAAGAGUAUUAUCAACUACGUUAGUGAGGCUGAUAACAUGCAAAGAAAAACCUUAGACAUUGACCAAAAGGAAUUAAUCAAUAAUUAUACUAAAUACAGCAGAAAAAUAACUUACUACUAUUGGAUUCUUAUGUAUACAACUGUCGCUAUCGUGAUCAGUCAACCGAUGUACAAAUACUUCUUCUCCGAAAACUAUAGACACAACGUCAAAAUUGGUACCCAAGCAUAUACCGAAGUUGUUAGUUCUUGGGUCCCUUUUAAUAAAAGAACGAUUUUCGGCUACCUUCUGGCCUCUUUGUAUCAAAGCUUUGCUGCUAUUUAUGGAGGUGGGUGGAUUACGUCAUUUGAUACUAACGCUAUAGUUAUCAUGGUUUUUUUCAAAGGAGAAUUAGAAAGUUUGAGAAAGGAUUGUAGUAAUGUUUUUGGAACAGAAGAUGUGGCUAUCACUGACGAAGAAAUCAGGUUAAGAAUGAAAAUUUGUCACAAGAGGCACGUAGAGUUACUCAAAUAUUCACGUCUAUUCGAUUCCUGUUUAUCGCCAAUUAUGCUACUCUAUGUGAUUGUUUGUUCAGUUAUGUUAUGUGCUACAGCCUACCAGAUAACAUUUGAGACGAGUGCUUUACAAAGAUUUAUAACAGCCGAGUAUUUAAUAUUUGGAGUAUCACAACUCUUCAUGUAUUGCUGGCACAGCAAUGAGGUACUUUUUGCUAGUAAAGAUUUAACUUUGGGACCAUAUGAGAGUAUCUGGUGGAGUCGUAAUGUAUCGGAACAAAAAUAUAUUAAUAUUCUCACAGAUCAAUUUAAUAAGGCCAUUGUGUUUAGCGCGGGCCCUUUCACUGCAAUCACUGUCGCUACUUUUAUAAGUAUCCUCAAAGGAGCUUAUAGUUACUACACAUUGCUUAGUCAGUCGCAAAACAAUUAG